AUAUUAUGCUUUGUUUAGUUGGUUCCAUCUACCGGAAGCACACGGCAGUCAUGUUUUGUAAAUAAACUGUUCGAUUUUUAAAUUUGUAGUCUUAUGGCAUUCGGUUUAGAAGGGGUACGAUCGUAAUUUGUACAUAUUUAAGUGCUCGAUGAAUCUGUUAAUGUAACGUUAUUAGUUUAGGAAUUUAUAUUGGUGGAUAUAAACUUUAACCAGGCACCUCACUCCAUUGGUACCGCCAUUUAACCUCCAUAAUGUGGGAUGUUGAGAUCAGGGGCAUGGCAUCGGCUCAUGCCAUUAUUGCCUCCUCCAUCUUCAUGGCAACCGUGAUGCCUGCUGUCUUCGUGGAAAACUUCUCUGUUUAUGGGACCCACAUGAUUUGGCUGUAUUGUGUAGCUGGAUCUAUUGCUGUGGUCAACAUCGCAGUUUUUUGGCUUCUUGGCAUCAGCCCGCCAGCAAAGAAGAACACACUGACCUACAAGAUCAACAGAUUGUUAAAAUCAUGUCUGCACUUUCUUCUGUCAUGCCUUUUUUUUCACACCGUGGUGGUACUCUACGGAGCACCUUUGCUUGAGUCAGCUCUGGAGACGUUUUCUCUGGCCGUGCUGCUGUCCACGCUCACCACAUUGAGAUGUCUCUGUAUCCUGGGUCCUAAUGUACAGGCAUGGAUCCGAGUUUUCAGCAGAGAUGGGGCGAUGUCAGUGUGGGACACGUCUCUUCAGAUUACCACAGGCUGUAGUGUGAUUGGGGCCUGGCUGGGAGCUUUCCCUAUUCCUCUCGACUGGGACAGACCCUGGCAGAUGUCUAGACGAGACCGAUUCAUUACUGGAGAGAGGGGAAGCUGUAGGGAGGCAGUGAUUCCUCCACACGUGAUGAUGGGAGCGUGAACUCUGGGGUGGUUCAAUCCUGAUGUCUAGCUUUAGAGAGUGGACGAGCCGUGUGACUCACACACAGAUUCUCUCCUCCUCAUUGCCAUGACACUCUUGUAAUAUUGCAGCCCGUAUUAUGGUCUUGAGAUAACUGGAUAAUCAAUUCUGAGACCCAAAUCAAGUAUGAAGCGAAGAAAUCUUAUUCUCUGUAUAAAACAAACAGAAAUGAGUGCUGAUCGUUAUGUAUUAGCCUAUAUUCAAAAAUUUAGGGUCAUUAAUAGUUUUUUUUUAUUUAAAAAAUGAUAAUUUUAUUUAGAAAGGUUGCAUGGCAUUGAUCAAAUCCGGUAAGUACAUAAUAUUGAACCUUCUUUACAUCAAAUAAUCUACACACAAAAAGCAAUGAUAAGAAAUCAGCAUUUUAGUAUUGUCACCACAGGAAUAAAUUAAAUUUCAGAUACAAAAUCUUUAAAUUACUGCAGUAAUAUUAGUGUUUUACCGUAUUUUUUAUUAAAUAAAAUUUUAUGCGCUUGCUUGGUAAGCACAUAACAUUUCUAUCAAAACAUUCUUUAAGACCCCAAAAUUUUGAAUGGUAGCCUUAUUUUUUUUUGUGUGUCUGUCAUAUUUCUUAAUAUAUAAAAAGAAUUUAAUAUGUAUGUGCAACACUGAAAUAAGGCAUUCAAAUCUAUAUAAAGAAGCAACGCGACUAAAAAAAGGCAACAUUUUUGAAAAACCUGUUUUAUACUCAUUAAAGAUCUUGAGGCAAGUCAUUAAAAUUUACAUUUUUGUUUAUCUACUGCGGAUUGGGCAUCAUCAGCAAGUUUUCAUAUUAAUUAUGUUCUUCCACAAAACCAUUGUGCCUUUCAAUUUUUAGAUUUGCAUUCCAUAUAUUUACUAUUUAUAAAGGCUUUUUUUUUUUUUUUGUAGUUGUUGCUCACAAUGUGCUGGAAGCUUUAAAAGACCACUCAGACCACUCCACAUAUUUGCAUGGACUGCGAGAAAUUCAUAAAAAAAAUAAAAAUAAAAAUUGAAUAAAAUUUUAAAAUCACCUUGAUAUGAAGCAAAAAUUCAAAAUGCAAAGCAGUCGGCACACACCUGAGAGGCAAGGCCACCAAUACAUAACACUCAAAACUCUACGUUAAAAAAAGAAAGAGGAAUAAAGCAGUCUCAAAUAGAAAAUUUGGUUGGUAAAACACCACAGUGAGUCAGUCAGCAGUAAGUCACUUGUGCUCCUGCAAAAUGACAGUUUCGAUCUUCAUUUUUUUUUUUUGGCUCUUGUAUCCAGGUUUGGCCCAUCUCCUGUACGCUUGGGGCAACUACUGGAUUUCUGACCGGCCUCCUCGCUGCUCCUGUCUGGAUCCACUGGCAUCGCAAACAACUCACCUACAAGCUCAAGUGAGGAAGAGAAGGACACGAUCACAGGCCACCAGGAACUGAGAGAGAAAGAGAUCCAGGCUGGAGUCCACCCAUUACGUGCUCUAAAAAAUCUCAGAGGUCCCAUUUACAACAAUAAAAAAACCUUUUGUUUCUUUGUUUUUCUUUUUUUUUUUUUGUAGAGUAGAUAUUCGAUUUGUUGUAUGCUCCUAAUGGCAGUAUAUUUAUUCGAUCGUUCCUCUCGUUCUUCCUGUAAAUAAAGCCAGCGCUGACUUGAGACAUUUUGUAAAAGGCAAAUGUUUUGCAACCCAAACUGAGAUUCUGAGUUUCCCUUUUUGAAGAAAGUCUUACUUCUGUAAAUGGCCGACGGGUUUGGUUGUGCUGUUUAGGCUUGUCUACAUCUCUCAGACGAACUCAUGCAUGCUGAGCCAGACAUGGAAAUACAGUUCGAAUUUUUUGUUUUUAGUCACUGGAAAGGUUGUCCGUUCUCUGUGCUUGUAUGUUCAAUAAAUCAUCGUUGUCGGGUUUUCUUUGUA